AUGGACGCUGUCCGGUGUCCGGCGCAUGGGACCUCCUGCUUCUUGAAGACCGGCGUCCGCGAUGGCCCGAAUCGAGGGAAGAGCUUCUACGUGUGCCCGACGGACACCUGCGGCUUCGUCCGGCCCACAGACAUUCCUGUUUCCCAUUGUUUAUUGCAUGAGGACUCUGUGGUAGAGCUUCAGGGUUUAUUUCUACCCCAGGGUAAGAAAGAACACAGGUUGUUCUUCAGAUGUGCUAGAAGUAAGGCAGAGGGGAAACGCUGGUGUGGUAAUGUUCCAUGGAAGGAUCCUAAUUCGGAAGAUCCCCCUGUCACCAGUAAGAGUCAGCCUGCGAAUGAGACCUCUCACCCCUCUGGCCAGCAGAGAAACCCAUUCAAGGUGCUGGACAAGAAUAAGAAACCAGCUCUCUUCAAACACAUAAUUGCUGGGGAAGGUAUGGAAAAGAUGGCUGACCAGAAGCCAAAGGAGAAGGGAAGGCAGCUGGUGGACCGCCCAGAACAGAAGCCGGAGUGUUACCGCUGGGUGGAGAAAGGCCCAGCAUCUGACUUGGGGGCAAAGAGGACACAAUCUGGAGUUGAGGUGUCGCAGAAUGAGAGCACCGAGGCGACCGGAGGUGGAGGCGGUACAUCCUGGCAGCGCCGUGGGAACAAGGCACGGGGACCACCCGCUGCCCCUGGGGAGGAGUCACACCAAGAGAACCAGGAUGCCCUAAACAGAGCAGAGCCUCCGAAAGAAAAGGAAGCCCCAUCUUACCCUCACUGGAACCCAGAAAACCAGCCCCAUAAAGGGGGGCACCAUGGGCAGGAGCAGCUUAAGAACUGGGAGGUAAAGGAAACAAAGGCAGAGCAGAGCCCAGGCACAAAGACCUUUGGGAAAGAAGGGCUCCCUUGGGGGUCUUCAGAGGCCCGUGGGCCUGCUCCCACUGGGCAUGCCCAGGGAGGGGCACACCGAGCUGCCUCUAGCAGCGAAGACAGUGAGGACGAGGAAGCUGCUUCCUCCGAGCCAGGGAGCCCUCUUCUCUUUGACUUGACCAACCACUCAGAGAAGGAGGAGACGCUUCCGCUCCCUGGUCAAAGGGGACAAAGAGAAGAAUCUAGAGCCACAGCACUCUCCACUAAGGCACAGCCCUCAGCCUCCACCGCCAAGGGUGCGCACCUGGCCAUCCAACUGAAGCAGAAGAAGAGCUUACUGGCGUCGGUGAAUAUCCAGGCUCUUCCAGACAAGGGGGAGAAGUUGCUCAAGCAAAUCCAGGUGCUAGAGGAGUCCCUUGGUGCUCUUGCCCUCUCUCCAGAGCAAGCAGGAAUUCAGGAGAACAGCAGCUCUCAAUCACCACAGCAGAGUAACUUCACCAAAACUACUAAGCCCCUCCACCUGGUGCCUCCCCAGCCCCUUCGGUGUCCUGAUGCCCAGCCUGUAGGCUCUCUAGGACUGAAGGCAGCCUGCCAGGUGACCGCUGGAGGACGUACAAACCAAGAUUGCCUUCACUCCAUGUGGAAAAUCACAAGUGAAGCCAUUGAUGAACUGCAUCGCUCGUUGGAGUCUUGUCCUGGGGAGACAGCAGUAGCAGAAGACCCACCUGGCUUGAAGGUACCUUUGUUACUGCACCAGAAGCAGGCAUUGGCCUGGCUACUAUGGCGGGAACGGCAGAAGCCACGAGGAGGGAUUCUGGCUGAUGAUAUGGGUUUAGGGAAAACCCUGACCAUGAUUGCACUCAUCCUCACCCAGAAGAAUCAAGAAAAGAAAAAAGAAAAGGACAAAAAGGUGGCUUUGACGUGUCUCUCCAAAGACGACUCUGCCAGCUUCACUUCCCAUGGAACACUGAUUGUCUGUCCAGCUUCCCUGAUCCAUCACUGGAGAAGCGAGGUAGAGAAACGGGUGAACAGUAGCCGACUGAGAGUCUAUCUCUACCAUGGGCCGAACCGGAAUCGACACGCCAAAGUCCUGUCUACGUAUGACAUCGUGAUAACUACGUACAGUCUCCUAGCCAAGGAGAUUCCGGAAGAGAAGCAGGAGGGGGAAGUCCCAGGUGCAGCCCUCAGUGUGCAGGGUGUUCCAGCGCCUCUGUUCCAGGUGAUGUGGGCCAGGGUCAUACUGGAUGAGGCUCACAGUGUGAAGAACCCCCGAGUGCAGGCAUCUGUUGCUGUGUGCAAGCUUCAAGCCCAGGCCCGCUGGGCCGUUACCGGCACCCCCAUUCAGAAUAACCUGCUGGAUAUGUACUCGCUGCUCAAAUUUCUGCGCUGCUCUCCAUUUGAUGAGUUCAGUCUGUGGAAAAGUCAGGUGGACAAUGGAUCUAAGAAGGGAGGAGAACGGUUGAACAUCCUAACCAGGAGCCUCCUGCUGAGGAGAACGAAAGACCAGCUGGAUGCCAUGGGUAAACCCUUGGUGAUGCUUCCCCAACGGGAGUUUCAGCUGCACCAGCUAAAGCUUUCUGAAGAUGAACAGACCGUGUACAAUGUCUUUUUUGCAAGAUCCCGGUCAGCGCUGCAGUCCUAUCUGAAGAGACAAGAGAGCAGAGGCAGCCUACCUGAAAGGAACCCCAAUAACCCAUUCCUUCGAGUGGCUCAGGAGUUUGGCUCCCUUGGGCCUGGGCACCACUCGACUGCUAGCUCCGGGACCCCCAGUACUGUGCACAUCCUCUCCCAGCUGCUGAGACUCCGCCAGUGCUGCUGCCAUCUUUCCUUACUGAAGUCGGCCCUGGAUCAAACAGAGCUGAAGAGUGAAGGCCUUGUUCUGUCCCUGGAAGAGCAGCUUGGCGCUCUCACCUUGUCUGAGCUCCGAGACUCUGACUCAGCUCCCACCGUGUCCCUCAAUGGCACACACUUCAAGGGGGAGCUCUUUGAAGACACGCGAGAGAGCACCAAGGUGUCAUCGCUGCUGGCAGAACUGGAGGCAAUCCAAGGAAAUUCAGGGACUCAGAAGAGCGUCAUCGUCUCGCAGUGGACCAGCAUGCUGAAAGUAGUAGCCUUGCACCUGAAGAAGCGCGGACUGACGCAUGCCACCAUCGACGGCUCUGUCAACCCCAAACAGAGGAUGGAUCUGGUGGAGGCCUUUAACCACUCCAGAAGCCCCCAGGUUAUGCUGAUCUCUCUCUUGGCUGGAGGUAUUGGUCUAAACCUGACUGGAGGAAACCAUCUUUUUCUUCUGGACAUGCACUGGAAUCCGUCGCUGGAAGACCAAGCUUGUGACCGGAUUUACCGAGUGGGACAGCAAAAGGAUGUUGUCAUCCACAGAUUUGUUUGUGCUGGAACAGUGGAAGAAAAGAUAUUGGCGCUCCAAGAAAAGAAGAAAGAUUUGGCCAAGCAGGUUCUCUCUGGGUCCGCAGAGUCCGUCACCAAGCUCACCCUGGCCGACCUCAAAGUCCUUUUUGGCAUCUAACCUAUCUGUAGAAUAGGGCCACUGCUGCUUUGUGUUGGGAUCUGGGAGUGGCAGAGAACCCUGUUCCCAGAGAUGAGGACGGGCGCAGUGUUCCCCCAUGUUUCAGUUAGUCAGCUUCUUCAAUGAGUGGCCGAGACUCCGAUGAUUUCAGGUUUAAAAAAUGCUUUGAAGCCAGCUCCAGCAGAAAAAUCUGUGAGACUCUUAUCUCCAGUUAGCCACCAAAAAGCUGGAAGUGG